AUGUUCUUGAUGUACUACCUCAACGAGUCGGGCGACCGUGUGUACACGCUCAACAAGACCGACCCCAAGGGCCAGCCCACCAUCUCGGCGCAUCCUGCUCGUUUCUCACCCGAUGACAAGUACAGCCGCCAUCGCGUCACCCUCAAGAAGCGCUUCAACAUUCUCAUGAGCCAGCAGCCUCCUACCGAGAUGUAA